GGUAUUCCCCUGUAUUAAGCACAAUUCAGCAGGAACAGUCCCUAAAUUUGCUCAUAGUCUUUACAGAGAAAUAACGUAAAACUAAGACAGCAUAAGUAUUCCCCUGUUCUAAGCACAAUUCAGCAGGAACAGCCUCCUAAAUUCUCUGUCUUUACAGAGUGGUACCAUAAAAUGAUGGCAUAGUAAUUCCCCAUUUUUGAGGUGGCUCUGAUAAACGUGGGUCUGCACCUGUGAGUGGACACAGGUGGGCUUUGUUCAGUUUAUUUUUGUGUUUUGUGAGGCGGGGUCAUUUGAGACAUUGCAUUUCAUUCCAAUAAUUAAAAAUUACACUAUAGUGUUAAUGUUGCUUUACUGUACUAUAUUAGAAGUCUGAGGGGUUAUGUGUGUCAGUGGGCUGUGUGGCCAAUUAGUGCAGAGUGCUCAGCCUCUGGCUGCUACUGUCAUCAGGUGGGAGGGACAGCACUGUAGGCAGAACAGAGGGAUAUGUGCAGCCAAUUAGUGCAGAGUGCUCUGCUGCUCCCUCCCCUCCAAGGCCCUGUGUAAAUGGAGCAGGCGGGCCUGGCAGGGUGGGGCUUGAGGUCACUGCAGCCAGUAGUAUGCAGAGUUCUUCUGGCCUGCCCACCCCUACAACCACACAAUAGGUGUUGCGGGCCCACCCCACAUGUAGCCAGUAAAAAAGGCAUCUUCCUACACAAGCUGAAGAGCGCAAAUGCAGAAGUGCAAGAUUUCUAUCUUUCAAAAUCAGCAGGAAGUCUGCUUAGUUCAUUAAGCAGAAAUGCUCCAGGCAGACUUUCAUUUCUUCAUAAUCACCUUCCAUACUGGGAGGGAUCAGCAGAUAAUAAAAAAGGACGUUAUAUUCACUGGAUCUUUGCAGUCGAAGUUGGUAAAAUGAAAGGAGAGUCUCCUGAGUCCUGAGCACAUACGGAUAAAAAGACAAACCAGCAGCAAAAAAUUAUUGCACUACCAAGAAAGAAUGCAAGAGUGACAGCCCUGGCAGCACAACUGCAAACUCUACAGCAAGCAGGUAAAACAGUGCACAAGGAGACGCUUACAAGGAAAGCAAAAGUGAAAAGGCUACAGAAGGUAUGAGCAUCAACAGUACACCAGACAAGGCUGGCGCAGGAACUAUGAAACAAAUAUUAAAAGAUACAGAAGGCGUAAGAAGAUUGAAGGCGACAGACAAAACAAAAAAAACUACAGAAGACAGAAAAGAUGGGGCAAAAAAGGAAGCUAACAAAAAGCCUGGGGAAAUAUCUGAAAAAACUAGUGCAGGCAGCAGGAUAAAUGGGGUAUCUGACAAAGGUGUGAGCACAGCUGGAAAUGCUAUAAUAUGCGAAAGAAAUAAUGGGGCAUUGAAUAAUGUUAAUGAAGAAUCUGUGAGCGCAGUUAGAAAAGCUGCAACGGGUGCAGAAAGUAAGGCAUUACAUAAAGAACCUGUAAACAAAGGUAGAAAAGCUAAAGGAAACGGUGAAGAAAAUAAGGCAGGGAGGGAACCUGUUAACAAAGCUAAAAAAGCUGCAGCAGGCAGAGGAAAUAGGGCAUUGGAUAAAGCUGACGUAGGACCUGGCGCAGUUAGAAAAGUUGUGGGUGAAGCUGCAGCAGGCAGAGGAAAUAGGGCAUUGGAUAAAGCUGACAUAGGACUUGGCGCAGUUAGAAAAGUUCUGGGUGAAGCUGCAGCAGGCAGAGGAAAUAGGGCAUUGGAUAAAGCUGAUGUACGACCAGUUGGCGCAGGUAGAAAAGCUUUUCUGGGUGAAGAAAAUAAAGUAUUAGAUAAAGCUGAUGUAAAACCCGUAAGAAAAGGUAGGAAAGCUAAACCAGAUGGAGGAAAAAAGGCAUUAGAUGAAGCUAAUGUAGAACCUGUGAACAUGGCUAGAGAAGUUGAAAGAGGAAACCUGGCACCAACAAAGCUUACUAAGCAUUUGAAACAUGCAGUGGAUACGUUAAAACUGAGACUAUGUGAGAUAUCAGCUGCAGCAGAAAAGGUGAAUAAACUGGUCAAUGAUAUUAUUAUCCCAGUCCUCUGCAAAGAUCCUGCAUUCGAAGGUACUGAGAUACUGAAAACUGGAAGUUACUAUGAAAAAGUUAAGAUCUCAAAGCCAAACGAGUUUGACAUCAUGCUGAAAAAACCAUGUGAGGGACUUCGAAUUACAGAGUCAAAUGUCAGUGGUGGUUACUACACAUUGAAUAUAAACAGGAAGCCAAAACACCCUUUAACGAAAUAUGUGGAAAAUGGAAACAUUUCGGGCCAAAAAUUGCUAAAUCGAUUAAGAGAGCUAAUUAAGAGUGAGCUGAACAAAUUAGUGUUCAUAUGCUGCUUAUGUCUCUCUGCCUCCCUUUGCCUAGUGGAAACUCCUAAUGAUGAAAAAUCAAUGAUGGCUGUGGGUUCCACUUGGACAGGGAUGGACAUUACUGUUGAGAGGAAAAACCCUACAAGUCCUGCUGUUACCAUUCUGAUUGGAAACCAUCCUAAGAUAUCAGUCGAUCUUGUUCUUGCAUUGGAAGUAAAGGGUUCUUGGCCUCCAAGCACAUCGGAAGGAAUGAAGAUUGAAACAUGGCUGGGAGCAAAAGUAAAAAGAGACUACAAAUUUGAGCCAAUGAUCUUUGUAGCAAAACAACUCAAAAACACAGUGUCAGCCAGUGAUGAGGCAGUAAGGUGGAACUGGUCGUUGUGGUUGUUGUCCCAAACUUUUCAAAGAUUUCGAAACAGGAUAGCUAGGGAUGGGUACAUGUGCAGUAUUUGAAGCAGGCAGCACAGCACACAAACUACAUGUGAUGAAAGACAUGUUUUGGAAGACAGAAGGGGCGAUCUCUUAUUGCGGUGCAUUGGAUAUUUGUGAGUUGAUACCUUAACCAUUUAUAUUUGGCAAUACAUGUAUAUUGAUGAAAUGCUUAUUUAAUUGAGAGAAAGCAAAAUACAAAUUUUAUUAUGAAGGUGAACCACAUCUAUAAUAAUCUAUCUUCUUAUACCAGCCAAAUGAUGGCAAUAAAAUACAUGUAUGCAUUUAUAUGAUGUAAUAUAAAUUAUAAUCCAAUGCCCCAUUUUAAAUAAACGUAAAAAAAUAUCCCUAUAGAAAAGCUUUAAUUUCAGCAGAGAGGCUGCUAAAAGAAGUUUGGAAAGAUUUGAAAAAUUUAGCUAGAACAUACAACUCCAGCCUCUUGGUAUAAGGGACUGAUUCAUUAAUCAUGAAUAUAUUUUUUUAUGAGUUGUUACAACACUUGAUUAAUUAAAAAACCAAAACCCAGGGCAGUCUAUAACAAAUCAGUCCCUAAAUCGCUAUACGGUACUCCUUAAGUUUCUUCUUAGUCCCUAUCCUUGCUCCUUCCCUUUAUCCUUCCUCCUCCUCAUCAGCUGGGCAUAAAAAAAAAUAAUCCUAAAAUAUUUUUGUUCUCUGAUUGUUAUCAGUUAACAUUGUUAAAAGCUAUCAUCUAAUGCCAAUUCAGGGUGGCCUGCCCUUAGAUGUACUGAUAAACUAUAAGGCCAAAAAUGUCUUCCCUAAACAGUGCAUUGCCACCUUUCCUUAUUGACUCUUGAUUUGUGCCAUGCCUUGUGUUGCCCUUGCCUAAUGGGAAACACUGCCUGGAUCAAAGAAGAACUUGGAAAUAUAGAAUCUAUCACUGUCAUACUGGUACAUUCAAGUGAGCACGGUAUAUUAUACAUAGUCCUUCCUGUUAAGGCAUAAAUUGUAACAUCUUAGGUUCAGAGAGCAAAACAUAUGUGAUGGUUUGAAUUCAGUUUGACUGAAUUUCAUUCUUGCAAAAAGUCCUCAGAGAUGGCUAAAUACAAUAAUUCUUGCAUGUGAAAUGUGUGUUGUUCUAGACGAUAACU